AUGGUCCUGACCCUGGUCGCCACAACGGUCCUCAGCUUGUUCCUCACGCAGAGAGUCUUGGCCAUCAGGGCCUGGAGCCGGCUUCCGCUCGUCGUCUGGUUGGUCUUUGCCAUAUACAUAGACUCGUACGUCUUCGUCUUCGCCUCGGCCUUGUUGCAGCACGCGUUCGGACCCAACUCGAGUCCGAGGGCCUGCGAUAGCACUAUCCUGCUCUGCCUGAUUUUGAUAUACCUCUUCCUGGUUGAAAAGGCGCACAUUAUGCGCCCGGCGCCGAAGCUCAGGAGACACUCCAAGCUGUACCUCUUCCACUCGCUCGGGAUACUAGGAGCAUACAUCGUCGUCAUUCUGCUCAACUUCAUCUUCCGCAUAGCCAAGCUCGCCAACGGCUGGUGCAUCAUCGGCAUGAGGAGCCUUGCCAUGAUACCGCUCAUCUCCUUCGACACGUUUGUCAACGUCUACCUGACGCUCAUGUUCCUCAUUCCCCUGAAGGGGCUUUAUUCGUUUGGGAACAUGCCACGCAGCCCGGCAAGCGUGCGCCUUCGAACCGUGGCCUUUCGCACGUUUUGCGGUGCCGUGUUUACCUCGCUGAGCAGCAUCGUUAACCUGACCGUUCUGAUGGUGCUGGACGGAGAGCCGGGAUGGGUAUGCCUGAUGUGUUGCAACUGCGACAUUCUCUUUUCGGCCGUCGUCAUCCAGUGGGUGACGUCGAGAGACAACGCCGGCACUUCGAGCUCGACAUCGUCUCGCGGAGUUGCCACGGCCCGAUACGACGCCACGACGACGGACUCGUUCAGGGCGUCGACGCCGUGCCCGCUUCAGCGGACGCCGUCGAUGCUGGCGGACAUGAUUCCCAUCAGCACGAGGGCGUCGUUGUUUUGCCGCGACGAGACCCUCGACGUGCCACGGAGCCGGAGGGCAGCCGACGCCACGGCGAGCACGCGCGACAGCGAGACGGGCCAGCACGUGGGCCGCAAUGCGUACGCGGCGGCGCGCGAGAGCUCUGGCCUGUCCGUGGCCGGGAGCUGCACGAGGCAUCCUCCAACAACUAUGGCGGCCGGACAGCCGGACCAGGGGAGUGCAUGUCCGUACCCUAUCUCGGCCAGCACGUCGCCCUGCUAG